AUGCCACUGUGGAUGAAUCUUGCAUUGUUGGCAGUUGCCAAGAAAGUGAUAGUAUACACUGUAGCAAGGGCAAAACGAUUAAAUCAUUCUGUAAUGCCAAACUCGACAAGGGAGAAUAUAGACAGCUUUAUUGAAACAUCGUUUAGACUGCCAAACAAAAUAUACGAUAAAUAUUGGAAGUCAAGUAGUAGCAAUGUUUCAAAUCCAACAACAACAACAACAUCUAUAAAAACAAAACCACCAACCACGAAUGAACCAACGACCACAAAACUAAAAAGAAAGAAGAAAGAGAAAUCAAAAGAAGAUGAAAUAGAUGAUUAA